GGCGAGCAAGCAAGGUGGCUGUAAAAAGCACGAAAUCUCAAAUUGAGAAGCUGAAGCAAAUCUUCGACAGAGAGUUAGCCACAGACAGCAGUCGAGGGUCGAGAUGCAGAAGUACAUGGUGGCUGAAAGGGCCGAAGAACACACAUUGCUCCCCGUUGAACGAAUUCAAGAGCCCCAUCAGAGCAGCAGCUACAAGAGCCACCCUGUGAUGCCUUUUCUUAAAGCAGCCAGAAUGAACGUAAGACUCGUUAAGCAGCAGACCGCAUCUUUGGUGGUGGAACAGUACAUUGCGCAACAAAGAGAGGGAAAUGGGUCAUUUCUACCGAGAUUACAGUUUGACUGGCAGCGCGAUAAGCAGCAGAAGUAUUUGCAAAUACCAGGAAAUGUAACCAUAAUGGACGGGGUGGGCAGCUAGCAGAUAGCUAUACAUGUAUACCUAGCAGUAAGCAUAUAACCGGCUGCAACAUGUGAGGUUAUGGAAGUUGGGUGCCUCAGAAA